UUGUGCCAGUAAGCAGGGACAUAUAAAUACAUGUAUCAACAUUUCUCUGCAGUUAGUUUAAGUGCAGUGAGCAACCAAUACGAACAUGUUUCCUCUUCUAUGUGUGUUCGCAGUUUUGCUGGUUUUCUCUGCAAGUGCAUUGGACAAAGCCUGUCCGUUCAAACCAACUGACCUGAUAUUUGUGUUAGACGGGUCUGGAAGCGAAGGGGUCAACAAUUUUAACAAGCAGUUGCUGUUCGUUUCCAACUUUUCAAACCAGUUUGAAAUCGGACUCAAUAAUACGCGCGUUGCUCUGGUACCGUAUGCCACGCAAGUUACCAGCGGGUUUAACCUACAGCGGUACCACGACAACGACACACUGCUGAAUAAGAUUGAGCACAUUUCCUAUCCGAAUGGCGAGACGAACACACACCUUGCUCUCAACUAUGUCCGCACAAACAUCCUACAUGGCCAUAACGCAGGGGCGGAGCGCAACGUUUCUAAGAUAGUGUUUGUUCUGACGGACGGACAGUCACUAGAACCCGCCCUAACCAAAAUUGCAGCUGCGGAGCUUAAGAAAAACCCCUUGGUAACGGUUGUGGCUGUGGGCAUUGGCAGUCACGUGGACGAUCGGGAGCUGCUGGAUAUCGCUAGUGACGCCAACCAUACGUUCCGUGUGGUUGACUUUGAUGGCCUCGAGUCCAUCCGCGCCGACCUCACAGAGAAAACCUGCGAUAUGUGUAACGACAUGUCUGACAUCUGUUUCGUACUCGACUCCUCGGGCAGCGAAGGCUCCCUCAACUUCCACAAACAGCUCGAGUUCGUCAACAUGAUCGUCAACGAGUUCUCUUUCGAGGGUCAGGACAACACAAAGGUUUGCGUGGUGACCUACUCAACCCACGCAAAACUGAACAUCAAGCUGAACGCGUACAAUGACGCCCAGUCGUUGAUGGACAACAUCCUGCGGAUACCAUACAUAGACGGGGAGACCAUGACGAACGAAGGAAUGAGCCGGGCGCUCGAUGAGAUACUACGGACCCACGACGGCGCUCGGGUCGACGCCAACAAGGUGAUGAUUGUCAUCACGGACGGACGGUCCACAGAACCGGAAAGGACUACACGCGAGGCACAACUGGUACACAGAAGAGGGAUUGAUACAUUCGCUAUCGGUAUCGGUCCUAACAUUGACGGGCUAGAGCUGGACGUGAUCGCUUCAGAUCACGCUCAUUCAUUCCGCGUCAAAAGCUUCAAUGACCUCGAGGCCAUCCACCAGAGUGUAGUGGAUAGCAUUUGCGCCAAGAGCCGCCUCAGAACAACGACAACCACCACUACAACAACCACAACACACGCCCCUACGACACCAACAACCACAUUGCCGCCGACCACAACUAAAGCAGCGUGCGGACUGAAGCCCGCAGAUAUCGUGUUUGUGUUAGAUUCGUCAGACAGCGAGGGAGCCGAUAACUUCCAGCGGGAGGUCGACUUUGUCUACAAUUUUGCUGCCCAAUUCUCAAUCGGUGUCAACAGCGUCCAGUUCAGCGUCGUUUCCUUCUCAAGUGACGUUCAAAACGUGUUCUAUUUUAACGACCACAAAUCACGUCACGACGUCCUUACCGCAAUACGUAACGAUAUUCCGUACCUCGGCACGGGAACUAACACGAGCUUCGCCUUGGAGCAGGUGCGCCUUAACAACCUCGAUGCCGCCAACGGAGCACGAACUAACUCGUCCAAGUUCGUGAUUGUUGUCACCGACGGGCGGUCAGACGAUCCGGAUGCAACAAGCGCGCAGGCACACGAACUGCAGAAGGAAGCGGAAGUGAUUUCCAUCGGCAUUGGUCCGCGAGUAGAUAAAGGCGAGCUGGCCGCUAUUGCAUCCAAUCACCGUGUGCUGCAGGUCGAAACAUUCCAACUGCUUAAGUCUAUCAAGAAUCAGCUGACUGACCUAGCAUGUCAAUCAUAACCAAUAAUUUUCUGUUUACAAUAAAGGAACUGUAUACUAUUUAAA